AUGGGGUCUCCAGAUAACAGUGCAACCAUGCGGGGCACAAAGUUCUGGAUAGACUUUACCGAGUUUGACCCAGAACGACCCGUCAAUCUUCCACCCACCACCAAAUGGCUUAUUCUUUCUGGGCCCCUCUUUUUGCAACUCGUCGUCGCCUCCACCGCCUCAGGCUAUGCGCUUGGGUUCCCCAGCAUGAUGCGCGACACCCAUUGCUCACAAUUCCAAGCCACACUAGGGCUGGGGAUAUUCUGCCUUGGCUUCGCUGUCGUUCCGCUGUUCACGUCACCUCUCAGCGAGAUGUGUGGACGAAAGCCGCUAUAUCUGGUCUCCGCGGCGGGCUGUGUGCUCGCUCAUCUCAUGGCAGCAUUGUUUGUUUCUUCUCCUCGUUCUGCUUUCGCUCAACGACUUAGAGCAAAAAACGGACCCACCAUCAUCGUCGCUCGAAUGCUUCAAGGCGCAUUUGGCGGAGGGACAACCAUCGUUGGCGGUUCAAUUGCUGACCUUUGGCAUCCCCAAGACCGAGGUCUUCCGAUGUCCAUAUUCACAGUCACCGCUCUAGCCAGCAACGGCUUGGGGCCAUUGUUCUCCGGUUGGGUUGAACAGAACCCGCGUCUUGAAUGGCGUUGGAUUCAGUACAUCCAUAUGAUCCUCUCAGCUCUGUGCGGAAUAUUGUUCCUCGUGACAAUGCGCGAAACACGAUCAUCUGUUUUACUUUCGCGGCGUGCCGAGAAGAUUCGCAAGGAAACGGGCGACAAUCGCUAUAUAGCCUGUGGAGAAGAGCGUAGUCUACGAACCUUGAUCUACAUUUCAUGCACGCGUCCUAUUUACCUUCUUGUCAAAGAGCCUGUUGUCGCAAGCUUCAGCAUAUGGAUCAGCUUCGUUUGGGGAGUUUACUACAUUCUCCUGGCAUCGACCCCAAACAUUCUGCGAAACAUCCACCAUUUCUCUUCUGGCCUCGUUGGAACAGCAUAUUUGUCGUUAAUUUUCGGUGUUGUGUUAGGUUUCCUUGCUUCCAUCUUCCAGGAUCGACUCUACCGACAACGAGUUGCCAAACGUGGCCCAGAAGCACGACUGUACUUUGCUUGCGCAUCAGCAACCGUAUUCCCCGUUGGAAUGGGCAUUUUCGCGGCUGCCUGUAACACGUCCCAUGUUGUUCCUUGGAUAGUCAUGGCCAUAGGAAUUGCUAUCUGCGUCUGGGCCGUCUUUGGCGUUUACGUAUCCAUUUACGCUUACCUCACGGACUGCUACGGCCCAUUUGCUUCUUCGGCACUUGCAGCGCAAUCUUUACUCCGCAAUACUGCGGCGGCAGUUUUCCCGCUCUUCGUCGAGCAUAUGUUCCGAAUCCUUUCUUACCUCAAAGCAAACGCAAUAUUUGCCGCUAUAUCCAUCCUGCUCGUCCCAAUACCCUAUGUCGGUGAGGUACUGUUGUUCUAUGGCUAUCGGAUUCGCGCGAAGAGCAAGUUUUCAAAAGCGGUCAUGAGCUCAGACAGAGAAGACGUCGUAGAGACCGUCACAACGCAGGUGGGACAGGAAACCCAAGUUGGAGUAUAG